CCUCCCUGAGAGCCUCACAACGACUCUCCCGUGCCGCCAGACAGGCUGCUGAUCCCGGGCAUCACCCCCCGCCUCUACCGGUACCGGACCUCCGGUGAGUCCCACCUGUAGAGCUCCUCCACAACUGAAGCUCCUGAAGCUCCUGAAGCUCCUGAAGCUCCUGAAGCUCCUGAAGCUCCUGAAGCUCCUGAAGCUCCUGAAGCCGGUUCAGUUGGUGGAACAUUAACUGUCAGUGAGGACUUAUUUACAUCCGCGGCCCCGGGCAGCAGAGCGGAGAGGGACGGACUUGGAAGCCGAUCAGGAGCUCCCGACGCUGCCGGUAGACCUCCGCACGAUCCCCGCAGACGGACCCGGAGCCAUGGCGAAGAAGGUAUGUGGGACCAACUACCCGUCCAGCAUCUGCUUCAUCGUGGUGAACGAGUUCUGCGAGCGCUUCUCGUACUACGGCAUGAAAGCGGUGCUGACGCUGUACUUCCUCACCUACCUGCACUGGGACAAGGACCUGUCCACCGCCGUCUACCACGCCUUCAGCAGCCUCUGCUACUUCACUCCCAUCCUGGGAGCUGUCAUCGCCGACUCCUGGCUCGGGAAGUUCAAGACCAUCGUCUACCUGUCCGUCGUCUACGUGAUCGGCCAUGUGGUGAAGUCGGUCGGAGCCAUUCCCACUGUGGGAACCAACAACGUGCACAUCUCUCUGUCCAUGUUGGGCCUGGUCCUCAUCGCCUUCGGCACCGGAGGAAUCAAACCCUGCGUGGCGGCGUUUGGUGGAGACCAGUUUGACGAAGAGCAAGGCAGCCAGAGGCAGAAGUUCUUCUCCAUCUUCUACAUGUCGAUCAACGCCGGCAGCCUGCUGUCCACCGUGAUCACGCCCAUACUGAGAGAUGUGCAGUGUUUCGGAGGCGACUGCUACGCUCUGGCCUUCGGGGUUCCUGCUGCUCUGAUGGUCGUGGCCUUAGUGGUGUUCAUUGCUGGUAGCGGGCUGUACAAGAGGAAUCCUCCGCAGGGAAACAUCCUGCUGGAGGUCUGUAACUGCAUCGGGUUUGCCAUCAAGAACCGCUGGAAGAGAUCGAAGUACGACUCCAGCAGGAAGCACUGGUUGGACUGGGCUGAGGAGAAGUACUCGAAGCGUCUGAUCCAGGAGGUGAAGAUGGUCCUGAGGGUUCUGGUGCUCUACAUCCCGCUGCCGAUGUUCUGGGCUCUGUUUGACCAGCAGGGUUCCCGCUGGACGCUUCAAGCCACCAGGAUGAACAUGGCCUUUGGAGAGUCCUUCAUUAUUAAGCCUGAUCAGAUGCAGAUGCUGAACGCGCUGCUGAUUCUCGUCUUCGUGCCGGUCUUUGAACUCAUCGUUUAUCCGCUCGCUGGCUUCUGCAGAAUCAACGUCACGCCUCUGAGGAAGAUGGCCACGGGGAUGGUGUUCGCGGCGUUGGCCUUCGGAGCGGCCGCUCUGGUGGAGGUGAACGUGGUGAGGUCGGUGGUGGAUCCGGCGCCGGCGGGGGAGUGUCUGCUGCAGGUGUUGAACCUGGCGCACGGCGACGUGAGGCUGAAGCUGCCCGGCAGCGACGCCUUCCAGCAGCCCAUCCGUUACCUUCAGGACCCUCCGGCCUAUGAGACGCUUCCAGCAUCCGGCGAAGAGCUGAAGAUUCAAGUCGCCUUCAACGGGAAACUCUCCGAGUGUAACUUCACGUCUGAGCAGCAGGAGGCGUACAGUCUGCUCUUGUACUCGGACUCCACUGGGAUCCACUGCACACAGGUGACCGACCACAUCACGAAGAAUGAAGACGGGAACCCUCUCCUGAGGUUCCUCAACACCUACCCAGACCCCGUGAACCUCACCGUGGGAGCCGUGACCUUCCAGGUGACCUCUGGCUUCAGCGUGUCUCCCAACCAGACUGUGGACCGGGGGAGCUACCCGGACGUGAGCUGCUGCUUCCCUGCAGAGCGCUGCUCCCUCCUGGACCUCGAGCUGCUGGACUUCGGGGCGUCGUACACCGUCGUACUCGUGGAGGAAUCGGGCAGCGUCGUGGCUCACAAGAUGGAGGACGUGAAGGCCAACGACGUGCACAUCGCGUGGCAGAUCCCUCAGUACGUGCUCCUCACCGUGGGAGAGGUCAUGUUCUCCGUCACCGGCCUGGAGUUCUCCUACUCGCAGGCUCCGCCCAACAUGAAGUCGGUGCUGCAGGCCGGCUGGCUGCUCACGGUGGCGUUCGGGAACGUCAUCGUUCUGAUCGUGGCUGAGGGGGCGGAGCUUGAACAGUGGAAAGAGUUCCUGCUGUUCGCCGGCCUGCUGCUGCUCGUCUUCAUCAUCUUCUCCGUCAUGGCGUACUUCUACACCUACGUCGACCUCGACCAGCUGGACGAGAAGCACCGGCACGACUCGGGCCGGGAGGAAGACGAGGAGGACGAGGAGGAAGCCAACGACGUGCGGCUGAACAGGAAGAGCACCAGAUUGUAACGGCGUCAGCUGAUUGGAGCUUCCUGUUCACGCUGGAGCAACAGGAAGUGACACGUUAGAAUAUAUUAUGUGUAAUACUUCUAAAUGCUGAAGUCACCUGAAUGUUUAUUUUAUGUGUAAUACUUCUAAUUAACAAGUCCGCUGAAUA